AUGGAGGUUGUGACCGAACCCAAAGAGGAGCCUGCUAUUGAGGAGCUCAAAGAAAUUAGAGCUCAUGAGGAGACUGAUAAUGUCACCUUACACGCCCCUUUCCUGAUAGGGGAACUUAAGGAAUACACUUCUUUAGAAGAGGAUGAAGAGUCUAAGGAAGAGCAAAUUGCUCGGUACCUAGCUAUCCUCAGGAAACUGAAGGCUAACUCUUCUCAUGCAGAAGCGUUAGAAGAGAAAGUUGAGCCUAUGAUACUGGACAAGGAGUACAGUGACAUGGUUCAGAAGAAGCUUCCUCAGAAGCUGUCGGAUCCUGGAAGCUUCCUGAUUCCCUGUACUAUAGGGACCAUCACGUUUGAGAAGGCACUAUGUGACCUUGGCUCAACCAUCAAUCUGAUGCCUUUAUCCGUAAUGAAGAGGCUAGGAAUUCUAGAGGUGCAGCGUGCCAUAAUCUCAUUGGAGAUGGCUGACAAGACCCUAAAAAGGGCGUAUGGGAUGGUGGAGGAUGUCCUAGUAAAGGUUGAGGACCUUUACAUCCCUGUAGACUUUGUGAUUCUAGACACUGGGGAGGACAGAAAUGAAUCUAUCAUCCUUGGAAGGCCUUUCCUAGCCACUACUAAGGCCAUUAUUGAUGUUGAAAGAGGAGAGCUAGUCUUGAGACUACAUACAUGA